AUGUACACGUUUAUAAACAAAGAAAUAAACGCCACGUACUAUAAUCGUACUUAUAGAUUCUCCCUAGUUAAUGAAGGACUGUUAGCAAUUUUGAGGAAACUGCGCUCGAAUCCGGAUAAAGAGUUGCGCUUGCUCCUUCUGGGGCUCGACAACGCUGGAAAGACAACGAUUUUAAAAUCUUUGGCCAGUGAAGAUAUUACACAGGUAACGCCGACUCAGGGAUUCAACAUAAAAAGCGUGCAAAGCGAGGGUUUUAAGUUAAACGUCUGGGACAUAGGCGGUGCACGAAAGAUCCGACCCUAUUGGCGAAAUUAUUUCGAGAACACGGACGUUUUGAUAUACGUUGUGGACAGCGCGGAUAUAAAGAGACUAGAAGAGACGGGUCAAGAGCUAUCCGAGCUUUUGCUGGAGGAAAAGUUACGAGGUGUUCCGUUGUUGGUGUACGCGAACAAACAGGAUCUUGGGCAAGCUGUAACCGCGGCUGAAAUCGCGGAAGGCCUAGGAUUGCACAAUAUCAAGGAUCGUGACUGGCAGAUACAAUCGUGCAUCGCCAUCGAAGGGAAAGGGGUGAAGGAGGGUCUCGAGUGGGCAUGCAAAAACAUCAAGAGGAAGUAAUGACGGAGGAAGGAUCGUUAUGUCCACGCAGACGUUGCAACGCGGAACGAAAUGGAUCACGGUGUAUCUUGUACGUCCAUUAUAAGUUUUAUUU